UAAGUCGUCUGUUGCUGUUGUUGUUGUUGUUGUUGUUCCUUUUUUUCUUUUCUUUUUUUCUCGUGAUCUGAGUCAGAUCAUCUGACUGACAUCUCCAAACAAGUUACUGCUUGGUUGCGCACACGUUGCAAACACAUCUUAAACUAACGUCGUGUUUCACCCUCCAUGAUAAUUCGUUAUACCGAACAUCUCGUUUUUAUUUAAGAACGAGGGCUUUAGUUUAAUGAUCCGAGAAAGGGUGUGCUUAAUGGCAGGUAAGCUUGGUUAAAGCCAAAGACUGUCAACACUUUGGGGUUGUGUAUGUGUGUGUGUGUGUGCCAAUGGUCGUUGCUGUCACUGGCAGUGUCCAUAGAUCCUACUGUACGUAAAAGGAGUUAAAUGGACCUGUUAAUGUGUACAUUUUAGAGGCCCCUACAUGCACUUGUUAGUUUUGCAGUUAUGGCAAGCCUGUUUAGCUGUAAUUGUAUUUACUAGUAAUAUCUCAAUUAGAGAGCGCUACAAUUUAUUUUCUAUUAGUAAGAAUUCCAAUUACGCUCUCUUGUUUUAUUUUUUACAAGUAAGAAUGCAACUGCAGAGCUCUACAAUUGAAUUACUGAGCUCUGCAAUUGCAUUUUUACAAGUAAAAACUCCAAUUAAAUUUACAGAUGAUUUUCCACUAGUAUGAAUUAUAAUUACAGAGCUCUGCAAUUGCAUUUUUUAAUAGUAAAAAAUAAAAUAUAGAGCUCUAAGUGGAAUUAUACCAGUAAAAAUUCAACUAUGAAGAGUAACGCGGGAACAUUUAAAGAUAAUUUAGCCUUUCAUAUGCUGUGACAUCCAGUCUCUACCUGGUUCCAAGACAACCAUAACGUAGACAGAUACGUUUAUGUUGCCUUGGAUAAGUGACAAUCGAUCCCGUCUCUCCUUCAUGGGAUGUUGAUGAGAUAAUUUGGGCCCCUUACAAAGUAAAACUGGUGAUAACUGUUUAUUUUCAAGAACUUUCCCACGGCAUCUAUUUUUCUUCUCGGUUUAGUGUUGACUGAAAACUGGCCUUCUGUGCGAAGAAAAAAGUUACAGUCGCAGAUUCUGCGAUUCAGCUGUCUUUGCAUUAGGCUAUAUCACAACUGCAGGUGUAGCACACAGUCGCAAACAGAAAAUGUUUGCCAAGGGCAUUGAUUUUGAGCCUGGUCAGUUCUGUUCAAUUAUUGUCAAAACGUGGAGCAGUCGAAAGGAAACACCAACAUAAUCUACUGCCAGUUGUCAGCUUUGUGUAAACAGUGAAACCAAUGGUGCAGCAGGGUCACAUGGUCACGGUGGCACACCUAUGAGGCCCUAGAACGGCGCCAGUCGCUCAGACUGCAGGUAGAGCAGAGGUCCUGAUCAGAGGCAGGGCGCUGGCACAUGUGUUCUUUUACGGCACGGUGUCCCCGGUCUGUGGCAAUCAUGAAUCGGGAAGAGCAUUAUUACCCACCUAACCAUCUGUACAAGGAGCCUUGUGCCUUCCAGAGACACCAGAACGAAGACUACAGCCAAAACCCUCCGCCUUGUCUGUAUAUGAGCAGACAGACUCAGUCUGUCUACGCGUCACCUUCUUUGGGCGCAGAGGACCAACCAAAUCUUACCGACGUUACUUCUUAUAGCAUGUCCACCCGGGAUGAUCUGGCAGUGCCUCAUCUCCACCUGCCCCAGACUCCACAGCCACUUCUACAGACAGUCGGUGGUUAUGGAGAGUCUCUCGACCCGUGCGGGGAUCGGAACAGAUACCACCUCCCUUUCCCGUGGAUGAAGUCAACUAAAUCUCAUACGCACUCAUGGAAAGGACAGUGGACAGGCUCUUACAUGGUAGAGGCCGAGGAAAACAAGCGCACGCGGACAGCUUACACCAGAGCGCAGCUGCUCGAGCUCGAGAAGGAGUUCCUCUUCAACAAGUACAUCUCGCGCCCACGCCGCGUGGAGCUCGCGCUCACCCUCAGCCUCACCGAGAGACACAUCAAAAUCUGGUUCCAAAACCGACGCAUGAAAUGGAAAAAGGAGGAGGACAAGAGGAGAGCCAGAGGAGUGGAUCCCGAACAAGACUCCUCGAUCACAUCCGGGGAUCUGAAAGAUGAGUCGUGUCUCGCCCCGGGAACUCUAGCGGGACCCCCCUCACCCCUUCACGCUCAUGUACCUCCAGCUCCACGAGACUCUGCGUAAAACGCAACUGACCAAAAGAGACAUCUGAGAUUGUGCCAUCAACACAAUCUAUUGGCUCCUGCAAUAUGAGUGGAACUACUUAAGUGUGCACAUCAGUAAGAUAUUGUCCCAUUCUCACAAUGACAACAGGUGUGGUCACAUCUUCUCUGUAUACUUUAGACUGGCAGUAAAGAGCAAUCCCAGUUUAAAUGUUUAACAUGCAUUUUAUUUGGAUGUAAGAGAGGUUGGAUGCAAGCUUCUGUGGAGUCAAUUUCGUGGGAGGUGUUUUUGUGUAGGCCUAAUCAAAACUCAGCACUUCAUUUAGCUAAAUAUGAAAACACCAACCAGCUCUAUGAGGACAUUGCCCAAAAAAAAAAAAAAAAAAAAAAAAUGAUAAUAAUAAUUUAUUCAUAUUUAUAGAUAAGCAAUGGAUAGUUUUGUUCCUUAAUUUUAGAAUGUCAUGCAUUUUCACAAAUCUAUAAAUGGGUAAAUAAUGUAUAUCUCCAGUAACAUGCUUUCAAUAACAUUCAGAAUAUUUAUGAUACAACGGGGCUAAAAGGAUACCUUUAGGAAAAUAUGCUUUUUUUCUGGUCACAAUAUGUAUCAAGAUUGAUUUUUUAUUAUUAUUAUUAUUAUUAAAUAUUGAUGGAGAAUCAUCAUUUGUGUGAUAAGAAAUAAUAACAGAAAGUUGUUUUGAUUAAAAUUCAUUAAAUUAAAAAGUUGCAUGGCGAGGGGGCAUUUUACCCCACACUUGGGAUAAAAGGCCACCAUGGGGUUUAUAAUGAUAAAUAUAGGGGCAAUAGUUAUAGAGCAAAAUUUGUCAACUUAGCAAAUAGAGACAGCAUGCUUUUUGGGGUAAUAAAUUAAGAUCAUUCUUAUUCAAUAUACCUGUUCAUUUCAGUCACAUUUGGCAUUUCAUAACAUCUUAAGUAUUCUAUAAACAAAUGAAUCUACAUUGUGACUGGAUCAGUCAAUGCGACCCCACUUUGAACAUUCUUCAUAAUAAAUCUUUUCUCCCCACAAAAGGAAUUAAACAACGUGUUUAAUGGGGGCCUUCUUUAGCCCCUACUAUAGGGGGG